AUGAUCGGAGGCAACGGUUACAAUGAGAAGCCCAGCAAGGAACUGUUCGUCAGGUGGCUACAGGCUAACGUGUUCAUGCCUACUCUUCAGUAUUCCUUCGUACCCUGGGACCAUGAUCAGGAGGCUGUAGAAAUUUGCCGUCGCUACACCCACCUCCACGCGGAGUAUGCUGACGAGAUAUUAGCUGCAAUGGAGAAGUCAGUCAGUGACGGUACUCCCGUCAACCCUCCCAUCUGGUGGCUCGACCCUCAUGAUGAAGAAGCUUUCGCUGUUGCUGACGAAUUCCUUUUGGGUGAGAAGAUCUUAGCAGCUCCAGUGGUGAAGCCAGGAGCAGUGUCCCGUGACAUCUACCUGCCUCGAGGCGCCUGGAGAGAUGGGAACAGUGGCCAUGUCAUCCACGGCCCAAUCUGGCUGAGGAACUACCCAGCUCCAUUGGACGUCCUCCCAUACUUCACUUUACUCGAGUAA